AUGCUUCUCCCGUCCGCGCUCCCCUGCGACCGCACCACCGCAUCCCAGGGCAUGGUCUCGCCGCCCGCCAGCCCGCCCAAGCUGUCGUCGCCCGCCACCUUUAACAUUGCCUCGAGCUGCUUCAGCCUGCAGAGCCUCAUUGCCAACACCACCAGCGAGCCCCAUCAACCACAGCUUCGCAACCAUGCGCAGCAGCAGCUGCAGCAAUCAUACUUUGGCGGCGCCCUGCCCCAGCCGCUGCCCACGCCGCCCAUGGCCCACGCCCCGUCGCCCAUGAGGCUGCGUCUGCGCAUCCCCCGCGGGAGCAGCAGCAGCAGCAGCAGCAGCAGCACCGAAGAGGCCGCCGCGCCCCGUGGCAUCGUCAAACGCACCGCGCCGCCACGCCACAAGCGCACUCUAUCAUCCACCACAUCAGAGAGCACCGACAGAGAAACAACCCCCGAGCCGCCCAGCACGCCCCCGCGCUCCCGCAUCGCCCCCGCGAGCAUGCCCCUGGGCCUGGAGCGCGCCGACUUUCACAGCCUGCAGCAGCAGCAGGCGCCGCCGCACGAGAACACCAACGACUGGACGGCCGAGGACGACCGCAUCCUCGUCGAGCUCGUCCUCGAGAAGCUCAAGCUGUCCAAGGCCGAAUGGCAGGACUGCGCGCGCACCCUCGGCAAGGACCGCCACGCCCUCUCGCGCCGCUGGAAGAGCCUCGUCAUGGACGACGAGGUUGGCCUGAAGCGUCGCAAGAUUCACUCUACCUGGCGCUAA